CCGCGCGCGCGCGGGGGGGCGGGGCCGCGCCGCCAUGGGGCUGCUGACCAUCCUGAAGAAGCUCCGCGAGAAGGAGCGAGAGCUGCGGCUGCUCGUGCUGGGAUUGGACAACGCCGGGAAGACGACGCUGCUGAAGCGGCUGAACGGGGAGGACGUGGGGGGCACCUCCCCCACCCUGGGCUUCAACAUCAAAACCCUGGAGCACCGCGGGUUCCAGCUGCACGUGUGGGACGUGGGCGGGCAGCGCUCCCUCCGCUCCUACUGGCGCAAUUACUUCGAGAGCACGGACGCGCUGCUCUGGGUGGUCGACAGCAGCGACCGGCAGCGCCUGCGGCUGUGCGCCCGCGAGCUGCGAGCCCUGCUCCGCGAGGAGCGCCUGGCCGGGGCCGCCCUGCUGGUGUUCGCCAACAAGCAGGACCUGCCGGGGGCGCUGCCGGCCGCCGACAUCCGGGAGGUAACCCUGAAAAUCCCCCCAAAAACCCCCCUAAAACACCCGGGAGGGACC